UCCCUCGAAAGCAGCAUUAGGUCUGAUUGACGUGCUGUGUCCUGGGGCAGACGUCACGAGUCCGAAAUCUUCCACGGAGCAGUUCAUUUUAUCCAAACAAGAAGAGUGGGAAUACGUGUUUAUGGAUUACUUUUGAUUGCAUUCAUGUAGUCGUGACGUCUGGAUGUUGUUACUGGAUCAAAAGGCCGGUUAGCUGCAGCCCGAGGAGCAAGCAGCAGGUGCAUGUGGAUGGUGAUAAAAACUCAAGGCAAACUCCGCUCUCUCUCCACACGGCGUUAACACCGACGGGUCGAUUAAAAACUUUUGGAAAACCGGACUACAUCGAGUUCUUGCGUUGGGGAGAAGCGUAAGAAUGCUUUUCGCGGCUUUCCCUUUUCGAGAAUAGUAUGUUAAGCCCAAGAUAAAGCAGCAGCGUCUUGUCCCGUCUGUCCUCACGCAAACAUGGAGAAAAGUUAAAAGUGAACGUCGGCGCUAACUUACCUCAGCCCUGCUGACUCCCACAUUCAUGUUUGUUGUUGACUUUUGUGUUGUUGUUGUUUUGGACUUUUUUGGAGAAAAACGACACGGUGGAUACAUGGUGAGACUCUAGCACAGAUUUUCAGGAUAUCACUGGAGCAGACGAGGCUAUGGAGAGCAAGACCAAGGCGGCCGGUCGGACCUUCUCCCCGGACGGUCGCGCCGAGGACCGAGUGGGCAGUGUGGAUCCGUAUGGCUUUGAGCGCUCAAAAGACUUUGAUUAUGAGUCGUAUGAGGAGCUCAUGUCUGAGUAUCUUGUUGUGCUCACCCGACGAACUAUCAAGUGGUCCAAAUUUCUGAAGGGCAAAGGCAAGGUGCAGAAGAAUGUAAAACUAAAGCGUUAUGUCCGUAAGGGGAUUCCCAAUGAGCACCGGACUCUUAUCUGGAUGGCAGCCAGCGGGGCUCAAGAUCAGCUAGACAAGCACCCAGGAUACUACCAGUCCCUGCUCGGAGCCCAGCAUGACCCCAAACUUGUGGAGACCAUCUGUACAGACUUGAACAGAACAUUCCCAGACAACGUCCAGUUCCGCAAGACAUCCGACCCAUGUCUGCAGAAAGUUCUGUACAAUGUGCUGCUGGCUUAUGGACACCACAACCCAGCUGUGAGCUACUGUCAGGGGAUGAACUUCAUUGCGGGGUAUCUACUUAUUAUCACAAAGGAUGAAGAGAAGUCCUUCUGGCUCAUGGAUGCCCUAAUCGGUAGAAUUUUACCAGACUACUACAGUCUAGGCAUGCUGGGGCUGAAGAUGGACCAGGAGGUGUUAGGAGAAUUGGUGAAAGUUAAAAUCCCAGGAGUCUGGAAGACCAUGAUGGAUCAUAAUGUCAUGUGGACUCUUGUGGUCUCCCGAUGGUUCAUCUGUCUCUACAUAGAUGUCUUGCCAGUAGAGACAGUGCUGCGGAUUUGGGAUUGCCUGUUCUACGAGGGCUCUAAAAUCCUGUUCCGUGUAGCUCUGACGUUGAUCCACCAUAACCAGGAUCUGAUUCAACAGGCCCAGUCACUGCCAGACGUCUGCCAAAACUUCAAGCAGAUCACACAGGGACCAUUUGUCGAAGAAUGCCACUCUUUCAUGCAGAAAAUCUUCACUGAACCAGGAAGUCUCUCCAUGGCAACCUUGACUAAACUACGGGAGAAAUGUCGAUCUCGCAUCAUCGCAGAAGAAUCCUGAACCAAAGGCGACUACCUGUUGCUCCACCUCAAUACACAUUCUACUGGGAUGAGUCCAGACAGCUCGGUUGCACGUUAUUUUUUUACUGACUUAAUGUCACAGUGACUACUACAUACUGCUGCGUUUUUGUCUUAAACAUUUUCACAAUCAUACAGCCCAAGUGUAAAUAUAUAGUGAAAUGAGAAUAUUCUUAGCAAUGUGCUGUAUGAGCUGAUUCAAUUUGUAGUUUCUUCUUCUUCUUUUGAUAAAUUAUGCACUUUACUCCAGAAAGUCAGGGACAUUGGUGAAGAAGCUUGGCAGCAAACAGUCGGGUGAAUAAUGUGUUGUACACUGUGAGCACAGCAAAGAGGCCUACUGUAUUUCACACUGAACGGUAAAAGAAGACCGACAGCACUCCAUGCUGGCACUACCUGCUGUGGUAAUUAAAUAUGAAUCAUAAUGAUUUCAAACAUUUCAAAUCUGAUUAAUGAACUUGUACUGUAUCGGUUGUGUUGAGGUUUUGAGAAAGUGUCAUAGUUCCUGAACUCAACUACUGAUUGAGGUGCACUAUAAUGAACUGAUCCAAGUAUGUAAAGGUGUGUCCAGUUUGUUGUAUGUUUGGAUAUGUGUGGCCCUUGAAACUUUCAUAGUAAUGAUAUGAGAUUUUGUUGCACUGGUCCAAAAAUAACCAUGGCGUUGAUCCCGACUGAGUAUCCUGUAUAGUGCUGCGUUCCAAGUCGCAUACUGUUUCUUUUUACUGUUCGCACGUACCACAGUUGACCUUACAAAUAUGUACUGUUGCAUGCCAAAUGCAUACAACUGGGAUAUACUGCUUUGUCAUUAAAACAGGGUUCCAAAAACUUUAAA